CAACGUCUAGUUCACUGUAUCGAACGAAGUAAACAACUCAGUCCAAAGAAUGGCUGCAAAUGGUUCUUCCUUGUCAGAUCCAGAGAUCAACGACACAAAGAAACAACUUUUACCUUCUUCUCCCAAAACGGAUGAUAGCGCUGGUACUCCAUUGAUCAAGAUCCGAGGCCCAGACCGAAAUUCCCGCUCAAACUUCCCUUCGGAUUUCAUACGUCUUCAUCGCUUUGAUUUGAUCUCUGAAGGUUUUUCACCCCACGAAGCUGCUAAAAAAGGUCAGUUAAAGACCUUAAUGGAUUUAAACGAAAGUGGCGAAAGCUUGGAAGAAAGAGAUUGYAAUGAGUUCUGCCCGAUUCACCAUGCCGUCCGAGCAAACCAGAUUCCAAUUAUUGAAUUCUUGUUAGACACUGGUGUAGACGUUAAUGCUCAAGGGGGUGAUAAUCUUCUAACUCCUUUACACAUCUCUGUGAGAUAUAGCAAUAUCGAGGCUACCAAGGUAUUAUUGUCUCGUGGAGCUGAUCCAAGCACCACGGCAAAAGACGGGACAACACCGCUACACUUCGCCGCCAGGCAUGGCGGGUAUGACUUUGCAAAGACCCUACUUGAUGACCAACGCUCAGAUGUCAAUGCUCCAGAUAACAGUGGUGUGACUGCAUUCCACUUGRCAUGUGUCAGUGGUAAUUUGAAGCUUUGUGAGCUUUUCUUGGAGCAUGGUGCUAAUAUUUUGGYGACCAAUGCCGAGGGGAAGAAUGCUCUGCAUGCAGCAGCAGCAAGUGGACAUGCAAUGAUUGUGGAAAUGUUAAUGGAAACGGGAAAACGUAAAUCUGUGGACCUCAAGAAGUUCAUYAACGCCUACGACUUUGAGGAUAAUACCCCAUUACACUUAGCAUGCAAGAGAGGGCAUGAAGCCACGGUGGAAGUCUGCUUACGUCAUGGGGCUGACGUAGAUGCGAGAAAUGACUUGGCCUCUGACACCCCCUUACAUGUGGCUGCAAAAGCAGGCCAGGGUAAAAUUGUGGAGAUACUUAUCAACCAUGGCGCGAAUGUUGCGGCAGUGAACGCACUCCAGAGGCUACCUAUUCACUUGGCUUCUCUCUUUGGUCAUUGUGACGUCAUCAAAAGUCUUAUCGAAAAAAGCUCUCCAGUUGAUCAACGUGAAGGUUCGAGCCUCACCCCAUUCCUCUGCGCGGUCGUGAAUGGACGAGUAGAGGCUGUUAAAUUACUGAUUGAGCGUGGAGCGGAUACGARCAUUCGCAGUGAGUCUCUGCAGACCAGUUUUCACUUGGCUGUGCAUAAUAAACACAUGGAUGUACUGCUGUUGUUGUUGGACUCCAUGGGAACUGAGGCGUUGGAGAUAGGAGAUAAAAAUCUACGCGUUCCUCUUCAUUUUUGCGCGUAUUCAAAUAACUUCAAGAUGCUGGAACUCCUCUUGAGUAAGCACRCAAACCCGAGCCCCAAAGAUAUAUUUGGGAAGACCCCUCUCCACAUGGCUGCAGCCAGUGGCAGCAUGGAAUGCGUCAAGGCUUUGGUAGACGCCGCUCCUUUCCACAUCAACGACACAGACGAUACCAACACUACCCCCCUGCACGAGGCGGCCAUAGGAGGAUACCGCAAAAUUUGCCAGUAUCUUUUACGGAGGGGGGCUGACAUCACGUCAAAGGACAGCAACCGCUGGACAGCUCUCCACCAUGCUGCUGGCUCAGGACACGUGGACACAGUGAAUGCCCUCUUAAACUGCAGUACUACUUCCUCGAAGCAGAUCAUCGACAUGGAAGACAGCGAUGGGAACACGCCACUUAUYGUUGCCUCGAAGAAUGGAAAGGUAGAAACGGUUCGUUUGCUCAUUAAAGAAAUGGCGGAUAUAUCCGUGCGCAAUGAACAGAAACGCACGUGCUUAGACGUSGCGGUAGAAAAUGGAAGGGACUUGGUUGCCAAGGAGAUAGUCAAGAGUGCAAGGUGGUACGAGGUAUUACGUCAUCGGGCUCAAGACCACAGGUAUCCCAUGAGGGACCUCAUUGAAAACAUGCCGAGCGUUGCCGAAGUUGUAAUGGAUCAGUGCACGAAGUAUUCCGACUUGGACCCGAAAGAUCCCGAGUACUGGAUCGAGUUUGACUUCCGCCUUCUGCAUUCAGAUAAGAACGACUCUGAUGCAGUCAUUAAAACAUCUUCACACUCUUAUUUUUUCGCGCCGAUGACGAUGAUUGACAGCGAGCGAGAGAACUUGAUAUYGCAUCCGCUGACCGAGACCUACCUACUACUCAGAUGGAACUGCCUUGGGAGACCAAUAUUUUGGAUGAAUCUGAUUGUUUACAUCAUUUAUAUUACCUUGUUCACCCUUUUUCUGCUCAAGAGGCGAAUGUCAUCUACGUUCUAUAACCCGUCUGACAACCAAACCGAAUCAGAGGAAAAGAAGAGUUUCCAUAGAGACAGCUACUAUAUCGCCACUCCUAUCGUCAUYACCAUCUUCAUCUCUCUCAACGCGGUCAAGGAAGUCUAUCAGAUUUAUUCCCAGAGGUUGAAAUACUUUUAUCACGUUAGCAACUACUUGGAAUGUGCAAGUUACAUUGCGUCGUUCCUCUUUGUGAUUCCAUAUCUGUACCGAUCGAAUCUGUAUAUCAAGACGGGCGCGCUAUGGCCUGUAGGAGCUAUAGCUGCUCUCCUCAUGUACUUCAAUCUUAUUCUAUUCCUCCGUCGAUUCGGAACGUUCGGUAUUUACGUGUCCAUGUUCAUCGAGGUCCUCAACACCAUGUCCAAGGUGGUGGCAGUGUUCUCCUUGUUCAUCUUCGCGUUUGCUUUGACGUUUCAUACCUUGCUAAAAGAACAGACAUCGUUCAGGACGAUCAAUUGGUCGUUCAUCAAGACGUCGAUGAUGAUGAUUGGAGACAUUGAUUUUGAGGGCCUGAUAACUGAUUCUCUAGAUGAAAGAAAUGCGGUGACCGGCGCUCCCUAUGUUCCUGUUCCUCAAUUUACCGCUUUGAUUCUUUUGAUAUUCUGCUUCUUCAUGCCCGUCCUUCUUAUGAAUCUGUUGAUCGGUUUAGCUGUUGGAGAUAUUGACUCCAUUCAGAAGAACGCUAAAAUGAAGCGUAAAGCAAUGGAAGUGAACUACCUUGCUAGCAUUGAUAACCAUUACUACCCUAAACUACUUCAGCACUUCGUAAAUCAUUCCAUUACAGUCAUCUACCCAAACAAGCGAAAUUUUCUCAAUUUCGUUAAGCUUUCAACGUUUGGUUCAAGCAGCGGCUUCUCCUUUGAAAAGGUCCAGCCACGAGAACGCGAACACGAUAUUGUCAAGUCGAUGGAAGCUGAACUAGCAGAGCAGAAAUCACGCGCCAAAGAAAUGCAGUCAGCGAUUGACGAACAGAACCAACUAUUAAGAAACAUAGCAAAACAACUAAAAUAUUUGUCGAACCGCACCCCCACCCCCUUGGUAUUGUCUCUUGAUGAUAUGAAUGGUGGCCUGGAUAGGAGUCUCAGUGAUGAUGCUUUGAUUAUCCCUCCAGCAGAACUGUGAGAAAGUCGCCUGAUGGGCUACCUGUGGCGGAGGUACUUCUCUCAUUGUGGUGGAGACAAAUCUCUAUUUCAUUGCCACAGGUAUCCCAAGCGUAAAAUGGGCGAGAAUCCUUUGAACCUGGAAGCCUUUUAUGUCGCUAUAGAAAUAUUUGAAAAAAUGAUUCAUACACCGCCUCACUCGAAACUCGAUGUUACAAUUCUGUAUAAAAUUGAAUCCUUAAUUUUGUUUAUUUGACCAGUUCGUUUGAACGAUAUCAUGAAUAGGAUCUUUUGACGUAUUUCCGGGUCCAACUAGUCACAGAAACCGCUAAAAUCAAUGACUGUGAAGUCAGGUAAGGUAUUUGAGUGUGAUUUGUUUUAAGUCGUCAAUACUAAAAGCUGGGACGGGUCGGUUUUGUUUUUA